AUGAAGCAAAAUAGCUGGUGUGGGCUGACUGCCAGGAUGGGCACAGUGCUGUCGGGGGUCUUCUCCAUCAUGGCCACUCACAUGCACCUCAUCUUCGAAAGGAAGCAUCUUGGGAACGGCAACUGCACGGAGAACUUCCAGAACCCAGGCAUCGGCGUCCUGGGGCACUUCUUCAUCUGCUGGAGUUUCAGAAUCGUCCUCUUCACGUCCAUGGUCACCAUGGUGGCCAGCUGCUUCCUCCUGUAUUCCGUGUACGCCCAGAUCUACGAGGGUCUCCUGAGCUACACCCUCUGGAUCAUCACCUACGAGGCCACCAACCUGGCCGUCCAGACCCUCACCGACGAGUUCAGCGUGGCCCUGGUCAGGGCCAUGCGGUGGUUCGGCUGGGUAGCCCGUGCCUCCCUACACUGCUUCUGGCUAUAUUUCGUCAUCAUCCAAGCCCAGAUCAUCUACCAGAGCAAAAAACAGGGCAACAUACUCACUUACCAUAGGCGUAUCUCUUUGGGAAGUGGAGACCAUCCCCGGCGGAAAUCAAAGAUCAUACACUUUGUCCAGCACUACAGUGAAUAAUGGUGGCCAUCUU